UUACCUUGAGCAUUGGGUUUUAAAUUGCGACGACAAAAGGAUCUUCGCGACGAUUGUUUAAGCAUAAUUUCUCAACACACUUCCUGUUACAAUGACAUAGCUGGGAUAGAUUCUAGAGAACAUUCACACCUGUUCUGAUUAUUCUACAGAGAAGCAAAGAAACUUGAGUGCUACGCUCACAGAUUAAACUACACGGGUGGGAAUAUUGCACAGGCAUAGUUUCUAGACGCAAAGGUCCCAGCAAGAAGCUUUUCGGACGCUAUCCAUAGUUUGCAGAUUCGAGAAGUGGCGAUAUCAGUAGGUGGAUUGGGCGAGCCGAUCGCUUGUGUAUAGUUAAUUGGAUAUUCCAAGCACGGGCAGUAGUGCAGAUCCGGGUGAGGCUUCUACAGGCCCGGUGAACGUGUUCCACUGAAGUCGAUUCGAUUGUUAUUCAAACGAAGGCCAGAGACAGGAACAAAACAAGGAUUGCUGCAGGCAAGGGAAGCUUGAAUGAUUUUUGGUCUCACUUUCAGAAUUCAGCUGCAAAAAAGCGAGACCGUGGCGUAAAAAUCAGUGUAGAUCAGUGAAAACUCAAGACAAAAUGCCUCGUGAUGAGCUAGAGGUCCCCAGUGACUAUGGUAAUGGAAGUGGGCGUUUAAGCCGUGGCAGCUCAUCCCAAAACAUCUUCACUAAAACUAUGGCCGAUCCAGCUUUGGAAAUGAUGCAGAGGCGAAUAGAUGAUUUGGAUUACGGUUUCAAACAACUAGACAGAAUUACAGACGAGAUUGACUAUGACAUUGAAACAGUCGAAAAUACAACAAAGCGUCUUCGCACUGGAUUCGAUAACAUGCAGAUGGAUAUGCAGGGCAUGCGGGAUGAUUUGCUUGAUCUUUUCGACCGCCUUGAUGCUAUCGAUCGUGGCACAAAAGACAGAUUAAAAGGAAAGUUUCCAAGCAUGGAGUCUGGUAGAAGAAGUUAUAUGGGGUCCCGUCAGUUUCUGUCUUCAAGUACAGAUCUGCGAGGGUCAUCCUACGCUUUGUCCAGCCAUGACAGAAGAAGCAGCCAGAGUUCAACACCGUCAGCUACCGCUGCCAGUAGAACGUUGAAAGCCCCCUACUUGGAAACACCACCCUUCACUCCGGCCUCAGAUAGGUCUUCGAGCCCUGUGGAUGGAGGUCGGGACGAUAGGUAUGAUGAAGAUCUCUAUGCAGAGAAAGACAGAGGAAGGAAGAAAGGCAGUAAGCAAAUCCGCGAGGACGAUUAUUAUGAAGGAGACAAUUAUGAAGAGGAUCGGCUUUCUGAAAAACAGAACUCUAAAGAUUCAGCGAAGAAGAGCAAAGCAGAUGAUCGAUAUGAUGAUGAUCAAUAUGAUGAUGAGAUAAAUGAAGAGGAGGCUCGACGUGGUAAAGAAAAGAGCAAGAAUAAACGUGUAGAAGAUGAGAGAUAUGAUGAUGACGAUGAGUAUGAAGAUGAGAUCUAUGAAAAGGAGCUUAAGCAAAAAGAAAGCAAGAAGAGGAAUGGAAACUUGAAAGAAGAGAGAUACGAAGAUGAUCUGUAUGAAGAUGAACUAUACACAGAAGAGCAGAAAAAAUCGAAGAACAAAAAGAAUCGUCCAGUUGAUGAUGACCGGUAUGAAGAUGAGCUUCAUGAAGAUGAGCUGUACGAAGAAGAACUCCAGAAAGAGAAGAGCAAAAGGAAGAAUGACCGUUAUGAGGAAGACGAUUAUGAAGACGAGUUGUACGAAAAAGAAAGACAAAGUAAAGUGGAAAAGAAAGUAAAUGGUCAUAUUGAUGAUGUCGAGUAUGAAAAUGAUAGUUAUGAAGAUGAAAUCCAGGAAGAACGUCGCAGGAGCAAAAAGAAGAAUGAACUCAAAGAAGAUGAAAGAUAUGAGGCGGAAAAAGCAGGAAGACGGAAGAAUCAAAGCGGAGAGAAAUAUGAUCGUUAUGAUGAUGACGAGUUGUACGACGAAGAUUAUUCUGAAGAUGAGUUAGAAGAAAGAAGGAUUCAGAAGCAGAAAAAGCUAAACAAGGCUAAUUCUGUUGAUGACGAUCAGUUCGAGGAUGAUGAAUACGAGGAUGAUGAAUUUUUGGAUAAAGGAACAAGGAAAAAGACAAACGUUCGAGUACGAGAUGACAAGUAUGAUGAUUAUGAUGAUGAUCGCUAUGAAGAUGAUGAAUAUGAAGAUACAAGGAAGAAAUCUAAUCGUCGUGAUGAUAGAUAUGAAGAUGAUGAAGAUGAGGAUGAUCUUCGUGAAGAAACAGGGAAGAAACCAAGUCGUCGUGUUGAUCGAUAUGAAGAUGAUGAAUAUGAGGAUGAUCUUCGUGAAGAAACAGGGAAGAAACCAAGUCGUCGUGUUGAUCGAUAUGAAGAUGAUGAAGAUGAGGAUGAUCUUCGUGAAGAAACAGGGAAGAAACCAAGUCGUCGUGUUGAUCGAUAUGAAGAUGAUGAAUAUGAGGAUGAUCUUCGUGAAGAAACAGGGAAGAAACCAAGUCGUCGUGUUGAUCGAUAUGAAGAUGAUGAAGAUGAGGACGAUCUUCGUGAAGAAACAGGGAAGAAACCAAGUCGUCGUGUUGAUCGAUAUGAAGAUGAUGAAUAUGAGGAUGAUCUUCGCGAAGAAACAGGGAAGAAACCAAGUCGUCGUGUUGAUCGACAUGAAGAUAAGCUUUAUGAAGAUGAAUAUUCCGACGAUGAAGAAUAUGAAGAAGAACUCCGCCGUCGAAGGAAUCGAAAGAAAGUACCUGUAGAUGAUGACGACUACCUCAGCCCAGAAGAAAAUUGAUUCAACGUUAAUUGCGUUCGUCUUUCCAAAGCAAUCGAUAAACUCAAAUGACUAUAGAGAACGAGGAAAAUAUAAGAGAAACAAUAAAUGCCAGAUAAAUGUUGCUUUUGCAAUAAUGUACUUUAAAAAUUUAUUGAACAAUGUAUUCUAAACGGGCCAUACAUCUAAGAAGCUAUUUUCUAGAGAUGCAACCAUGUGUGAAAAACUCAUGUGUAAUGUAUGUGACAAAAUAUUACAGUUUUUAAUUCUUUGAGACGAUAUUUGUUUAAUCCUGCUUUUAAAUGUAUCUAGUCAUUUUUACUGUUUUUAUUGAAAAUGCUUUCCAUUACUUUUUAUUGUAAUAUUGUUAUCUGAAAUUAUAAAUUUUGCUUCAA